GACAUCCGACAGCCUUUGCGACGGGCGUGGUGCGUCAGGAGCUCGCCGGCGGUUCUCCGUAAGAUGGCGGACCGGCGGCGGCAACGCGCUUCGCAGGACACCGAAGACGAAGAAUCGGGUGCUUCGGGAUCGGACAGCGGUGGCUCUCCGGGGCGAGACGGUGGCAGCUGCAGCGGGAGUGCUGGAGGCGGCGGCAGCGGCUCUCUGCCUUCCCAGCGGGGCGGCCGUGCCGGGGCCCUGCAUCUGCGGCGGGUGGAGAGCGGGGGGGCCAAGAGCGCGGAGGAGUCCGAGUGUGAGAGUGAAGAUGGCAUGGAAGGCGAUGCUGUUCUCUCAGAUUAUGAAAGUGCAGAAGACUCAGAAGGUGAAGAAGGGGAGUACAGUGAAGAAGAAAACUCCAAAGUGGAGCUGAAAUCAGAAGCUAAUGAUGCUGCUAAUUCUUCAGUAAAAGAAGAGAAGGGAGAAGAAAAGCCAGAAACCAAAGGCACUGUUACUGGAGAGAGGCAGAGUGGAGAUGGACAGGAGAGCACAGAGCCUGUGGAGAACAAAGUGGGUAAGAAGGGACCUAAGCAUUUGGAUGAUGAUGAAGAUAGGAAAAAUCCAGCAUACAUACCACGGAAAGGGCUCUUCUUUGAGCAUGAUCUCCGAGGGCAAACUCAGGAGGAGGAAGUCAGACCUAAGGGACGUCAGCGAAAGCUAUGGAAGGAUGAGGGUCGCUGGGAACAUGACAAGUUCCGUGAAGAUGAGCAGGCCCCAAAGUCCCGACAGGAGCUUAUUGCGCUUUAUGGAUAUGACAUUCGCUCAGCUCAUAAUCCUGAUGACAUCAAACCCCGAAGAAUCCGGAAACCUCGAUUUGGCAGUCCUCCACAAAGAGAUCCAAACUGGAUUGGUGAGCGGGCAAACAAGUCCCAUCGCCACCAGGGUCCUGGGGGCACCCUACCACCAAGAACAUUUAUUAACAGGAAUGCAGCAGGUACUGGUCGCAUGUCUGCAGCCAGGAAUUAUUCCCGAUCUGGGGGCUUCAAGGAAGGUCGUACUGGUUUUAGACCUGUGGAAGCUGGUGGGCAGCAUGGAGGUCGUUCUAGUGAGACUGUUAAACAUGAUGCUAGUUACCGGUCACGGCGCCUGGAGCAGACUCCUGUGAGAGAUCCAUCUCCAGAAGCAGAUGCUCCUGUGCUUGGCAGUCCCGAAAAGGAAGAAGCAGCUUCAGAGACACCAGCUCCUGUUCCUGACAUUGCACCACCAGCCCCUGACAGACCCAUUGAGAAGAAAUCCUAUUCUCGGGCCAGAAGAACUCGAACCAAAGUUGGGGAUGCAGUGAAAGCUCCUGAAGAGGUCCCCCCUCCACCCGAAGGGCUGACCUCAGCACCUGCUGUCCCUGAAACUACCCCUCCAUCUGCUAAGGCUGGCAACUGGGAGGCUCCAGUAGAGUCUGCUACAGGUGGACUGGAACAAGAUGUGGCACAGCUAAAUCUAACAGAACAGAAUUGGGGUCCAGGACAGCCUUCAUUCCUGCAGCCACGGGACCUCCGAGGUGUGCCCAAACACAUGCAUAUCUAG